GCCUGCGCGACCGUGAUUCCCCGCUCGCCGCUCCCCACCCCCCAGGGCUCCCUAAAGAGGGCCACGAGCUGCGAAAGGGCGGGAAAGGCGGUUGGAGAAGGAGAGGUAAGCGGUUACUCACUCCAUGGCUGCAGCAAGGAGAGGCGGCGGCGGCCUCGGCUGAAGAAAGACGGUGGGAGCGGAGAGCGCAGGCGUGAAACCCACCUUGUCCCAUCCACAUCAGGACAUCCCAGCUGGAGUUCAACUUUCAUCCCUUCUGUGGCAGUUAGGAGACUGAAUCAAGGUCCAGAGAAGGUGGAGGAAUCCUGGAAGAAAAUACACAGAUGUGCUUCCUUGCCAGUCCCGACAAAUGGUCCUUCCUUAAGUUCCUCAUUAAUUAAUAUGAAGACAACACAUUUGGUGACUAAAUUUGGAAUCAGAGGCUUUUAAAGCUUCCCAGCUGCUCUGACCCCAGUAUCAGGAACUUGGCAUCUCUGAUCUAACAAGGGCACCACUAACAAGGACAAAGCCACCAUCAUUCACCUUGAUUCCGCACACGCCCAACGAUGACUUCUGUCCUGGGCUAACCAGAAAGGCCAUGGGUGCUGAGAGAGACCCCCAGAGGCAGCCAUGCACCCUGCGCCUCCUCGUCCUCGUCCCCAUCCUCCUCAGCCUGGUGGCCUCCCGGGACUGGAAGGCUGAACGCAGCCAGGACCCCUUUGAGAAAUGCAUGCAGGAUCCUGACUAUGAGCAGCUGCUCAGGGUGGUGACCUGGGGGCUCAAUCGAACCCUGAAGCCCCAGAGGGUGAUUGUGGUUGGCGCUGGUGUGGCCGGGCUGGUGGCCGCCAAGGUGCUCAGCGAUGCCGGACACAAGGUCACCAUCCUGGAGGCAGAUAACAGGAUCGGGGGCCGCAUCUUCACCUACCGGGACCAGAACACGGGCUGGAUUGGGGAGCUGGGAGCCAUGCGUAUGCCCAGCUCUCACAGGAUCCUCCACAAGCUCUGCCAGGGCCUGGGGCUCAACCUGACCAAGUUCACCCAGUACGACAAGAACACGUGGACGGAGGUGCAUGAAGUGAAGCUGCGCAACUAUGUGGUGGAGAAGAUGCCCGAGAAGCUGGGCUAUGCCCUGCGCCCCCAGGAAAAGGGCCACUCGCCCGAAGACAUCUACCAGAUGGCUCUCAACCAGGCCCUCAAAGACCUCAAGGCACUGGGCUGCAGAAAGGCAAUGAAGAAGUUUGAAAGGCACACGCUCUUGGAAUAUCUCCUCGGGGAGGGGAACCUGAGCCGGCCGGCCGUGCAGCUUCUGGGAGACGUGAUGUCCGAGGAUGGUUUCUUCUAUCUCAGCCUCGCCGAGGCCCUCCGGGCCCACAGCUGCCUCAGCGACAGACUCCAGUACAGCCGCAUCGUGGGUGGCUGGGACCUGCUGCCGCGCGCGCUGCUGAGCUCGCUGUCCGGGCUUGUGCUGUUGAACGCGCCCGUCGUGGCGAUGACCCAGGGCCCGCACGAUGUGCAUGUGCAGAUCGAGACCUCUCCCCUGGAGCGGAAUCUGAAGGUGCUGAAGGCCGACGUGGUGCUGCUAACUGCGAGCGGACCGGCGGUGAAGCGCAUCACCUUCUCUCCGCCGCUGCCCCGCCACAUGCAGGAGGCGCUGCGGAGGCUGCACUAUGUGCCGGCCACCAAGGUGUUCCUAAGCUUCCGCAGGCCCUUCUGGCGCGAGGAGCACAUUGAAGGCGGCCACUCGAACACCGAUCGCCCGUCGCGCAUGAUUUUCUACCCGCCGCCGCGCGAGGGCGCGCUGCUGCUGGCCUCGUACACGUGGUCGGACGCGGCGGCAACGUUCGCCGGCUUGAGCCGGGAAGAAGCGUUGCGCUUGGCGCUCGACGACGUGGCGGCAUUGCACGGGCCUGUCGUGCGCCAGCUCUGGGAUGGCACCGGCGUCGUCAAGCGUUGGGCGGAGGACCCGCACAGCCAGGGUGGCUUCGUGGUACAGCCGCCGGCGCUCUGGCAAACCGAAAACGAUUACUGGACGGUCCCUUAUGGCCGCAUCUACUUUGCCGGGGAGCACACCGCCUACCCGCACGGCUGGGUGGAAACGGCGGUCAAGUCGGCGCUGCGCGCCGCUAUCAAGAUCAACAGCCGGAAGGGGCCUGCAUCGGACACGGCCAGCCCCGAGGGGCACGCGUCUGACAUGGAGGGGCAGGGGCAUGUGCAUGGGGUGGCCGGCAGCCCCUCGCAUGACCUGGCAAAGGAAGAGGGCAGCCACCCUCCAGUCCAAGGCCAGUUCUCUCUCCAAAACACGACCCACAGGAGGACCUCGCAUUAAAGUAUUUUCGGAAAAA